CUGUUUAUGCUUGGACUUUGCUCUACCAUGCAGGGAAAAGCAGUCGCCCUCCUCCUUGGUGUCAGCGCCCUCACCUAUGCCUCAGCUCAGACCUUCACCCGUCUCGGCGCUUGUCCAUCUUUAGGUUGUGUCUUUCCCCCAGACCAGGCCAACUUUCUCGCUGGCCAGUAUUUUGACAUUCGGCUCGAAGUACAUGCCCCAGUCAACGGCACAGAGGCAUAUAAUGCAGGCGUCCCAGACGAAAACUUCACCUUUUGCAUCCAGAGUGGUGACGGUGGCGAUUGCGUAGACGUGACGACGUUCUUCUCCACCGCCGACACUGAGGUGGAUACAUACAAUUUCACGUAUUAUGAAGAUCUGUUCGCACAAGACGAUGAUACGCCGUCGGUGGUGAAUGUAGCUGCAAAAACCUAUCGCGGACUUGCUCUGCACACUCCCGGAUCGUACAAGGCAAUACUAAAGUACUACAACGACUGGCAAACCGUUGCCAACUGGUACGUCCGAGAACCAGCUACAGAGAAAGCCGCCAAGAACGUUAUCCUCUUUAUCGGCGAUGGCAUGACCCAGUCAAUGAUUACUGCUGCACGUCUGAUUGGACACAAGUCCAUUAAUGGCGUGUAUCAGUCCCUCAUGCAAAUGGAUCAGAUGGAGGCCCUGGGACACCAAAUGACACAUUCGAUCGAUUCGUUUAUCACUGAUUCUGCAAAUUCGGCCACCGCGUUGUACUCUGGAAAGAAAUCGACUGUGAACGCGCUCAACGUAUACGCUGACAGUUCCAAGGAUCCCUUCGAUGACCCUAAAUUCGAAACUAUUGCAGAGUUGUUCCGUCGACGGACUGGAGGUCCCAUUGGGAUGGUAUCCACAGCUUUCAUUACAGAUGCCACACCAGCGGCGCUAUGCGCUCAUACCCGUGCCCGUGAUGAAUUAGCCGCCAUUGCGUAUGAGUAUCUUUAUGGUCCUUCCGCCUACACACCGGACAUUUACUGGCCCACGAGCUGCGAAGGUCCUGAUGUCAUCUUUGGUGCUGGUGCCGAGCAGUUCAUCCCCGGGGACGGUUCCCCUAACGGAACAGACUUCUACAAGGCUUUCGCGUCCGAAGGAUACCAGGUUGUCUACAACAACACAGAUCUUCUGGCUGCCGGAAAUGAUUCCAAGACACUUGGCAUCUUCUGCACUAGCAAUCUGGCUAAAUGGAUUGAUCGUAAUGUCUAUCCUCAGAACCUCGUCGGACUCGCGAACUCUCCAACUGGCGACGGCACUGAUGCCCUCGACCAACCGGGUCUCAAGGAAAUGACCCUCAAAGCCAUUGAUAUCCUUCAGGAGCGCUCUAAGGCUAAUGAUAGUGGUUGGUUCAUGAUGUCCGAGGCAGCAAGCAUCGAUAAGAUGAUGCAUGUUCUGGAUUACGAUCGCGCUCUUGGAGAACUUUUGGAACUUGACGAUACCAUCAAGGCAACCAUCCAGCAUCUCAAGGACAUUGGUGAAUACGAGAACACCCUCAUCGUCGUUACCGCUGAUCAUGGUCAUGGCUUUGACGUGUAUGGUUCCGCCGACACCAAAUAUCUUGCCGCCCAGACCUCGGAUCGCAAGAAACGUAGCGCAAUCGGUGUUUACCAGAAUUCUGGCCUGAGCGGAUACACUGUUGAAGCAGAUUCUCUCCCCAACAACGAUACCAUUGUCUAUGGUGCCGAAGGACCCAAUUUCCCCGUCAACUGGGCGCCUCGCUACGCAUACGUUCCCGGUGUGGUUGCAUUCCCUGAUCACCGCGAGGCGUACGGCAUCAACAAGACUGGCCCUCGUCUACCUGCUACUACAGGCGCUGACGGGAGCUACGAAGCUAACCCCUACGAUCAGCCUCAUGGUUACAUCAUUAAUGGAAGUCUUCCCACUGACGAAGCACAGGGUGUUCAUUCCCUCACCGAUGUUUCCGUCUUCGCUAAUGGCCCAGGAUCGGAGGCAUUCAGAGGAGUCUACAACAGUAUUGAUAUCUUCUUCAAGAUUGCAGAUGCGCUUGCUCUUGGAUGUACCAGCGAAGAUUGUUGAAAAAUUUCUAUUUGUAUUUUAACGAUGAUGUGGUGGUGGGAUGUUUAUUCUCGUUUUCAACGUGAAACUACGCCAUCGCCGCUGAGAGCGGAGCCAAUUGUGGAUGUGACUACAGAUAUGAUUUUCAAUGACAUCCCCGUGUGAGAUGAAGCGGAUUUCAACGCGUUUUUGAGGUCGAGAUUGAUCAUUUCGAAAAUCUAGAGAGCAUCUAGUUUGUAUCUAGCGCCGACAUAUCAGACCAGUUAACUUGCAGCAGUAGGGUGUAGUCCAAUC